AUGUCUCUGUGGGUGGAUAAGUAUCGUCCAAAAUCACUAGAGACACUCUCGCAUAAUGAAAGAUUGACUCACCUAUUGCAAUCUCUUGCAGUUGAACCAAGAGAUUUGCCUCACUUACUAUUCUAUGGGCCCAAUGGAGCGGGAAAAAAGACGCGAUGCAUGUCAUUGUUAAACUCCAUCUUUGGAAGUAAUGUGUACAAGCUGAAGAUUGAUGUCAGGCAGUUUACUACGCCCUCCAACCGAAAGUUGGAAUUAAACGUUGUUUCGAGCCCGUCCCAUUUAGAGUUAACACCAAGUGACAUGGGAAACAACGACAGGAUCGUCAUUCAAGAGUUAUUAAAAGAAGUUGCUCAGAUGGAACAAGUCGAUUUUCAGACUGGGCCAGCUGCCGAGACUGGUGGAUUGGCGCAUCGAUACAAAUGUGUUAUUAUAAAUGAAGCAGAUUCACUCACGAGAGACGCACAAGCAGCAUUGAGAAGGACCAUGGAGAAAUAUUCAAGGAACAUCAGAUUUAUUUUACUGUGUGAAUCUAUGUCAAACAUAAUUGCUCCCAUAAAAUCUAGGUGCCUUUUAGUAAGAACUCCGGCCCCCAGCGCUCAAGAAACUGUUGAAAUUCUUUCAAAAGUGGCAAAGAACGAGCGCGUGUCUGUUGAAAAUGAUUCUAUUUUGCAUGCCAUUUCUGAGAAUUGCGGUGGCAAUUUAAGAAAAGCCAUUCUUACUUUAGAGUCGAUGGCCCUUAAUAAUGAAAUGGCUCUCAAAAUCACUUCGCCACUGAUCAGACCCGAUUGGGUUGUGGUGAUUUUAAAGAUGGCAAACCGUGUGAUAAAGGACCGAACGGUGUCGUCCAUAGUCGAAUGUCGUUCAAUUCUUUACGACUUACUGGCCCAUUGCAUUCCGGCAAAAGUAAUUAUACAAGAAUUGGCAUUUGCAUUAGUGCAAGGUGUGCCAAAAGACGAACACAAAAAGGGUGUGAUAUAUUGGGCUAGCAUUUUUGAUGAAAGAUUAUGUUUGGGCAACAAGCCUAUCUACCAUUUGGAAGGCUUUAUUGCGAGGGUAAUGUGCGAACUGGAGAGUUGA